GUCUGUAUGAACCCCUCUCUCUCUCCCAGCUGUGUACCUCCCUCACUCAGAGCAGCAGCAGCAGGAGAUGCUCAGGGUUCGACAGGAGGAGAGUCUCCUUCUUCCUCGGGACCUGGAUUACUUCUCCCUGCAGGCGUCCCUGUCGCAGGAGGUCAGAGAGGUGCUGGACAGAGCCCGGCCCCCAACGCUCGGGGCCGCCUCUCGGCUGGCAGGAGUGACCCCUGCUGCUCUUGUCCACCUGCUGCACUACGUCUCCAAGAGGGAGAGACAGAGAGACACUGGGGCGCAGCAGCGAGAGAGGGACAGAGAGGUGGACGAGGCAGUAUAGAGGGGGAGGGAGGUAGGGAGAGGUGGACAAGGCAGAGAGAGGGACAGGGGAGAGAGGAGUACAGGGUGAGUGGAAGAGAGAUACAGCAGAUAAACUCACAACGCAAGAAAGUACAGCUGUGUAUCUCACUGGUGACAAUUUAAUCUCUUUCUGCUAUCAAAAACUACAGAACAAUAAAACCAUUUUUAAGAAGCA